AUGCGCACUUUUGAGCUAUAUUUACUACUAAUUUCCACAUUUUUUGCCUUUUCUCUAUCAACCAAUAAAAAUCAAAAUAAUAUUCCUUCAUUUACAUAUACAACACACACGAAUAAUCAACCAACAAAUAGACCGCUGAUGGCCGAGUUUAACAGCAAGGAAUUUGUAGACCAAUUAGUUAACGGCCACAAAAUUACCGUGUUCUCUAAAAGUGCCUGUCCUUAUUGCAAAAGGGCGAUUGAAACGCUGAAAUCCUACAAUCCAAAGGAUAUGCAUGUGGAACAGAUAGAAUCCAACCCACACAUGUCAUCUAUUCAGGAUUACUUGGGUACAAUUACAGGUGCCCGUACCGUGCCAAGGAUAUUUAUAGCUGGGCAAUUUUACGGAGAUUGUUCUAUGACGGUUUCCAACCAUAAUAGUGGAUUUCUGAGGAAGACAUUGGAAAGUGCUGGGGCUUUGUAA